AGACUUUUACAGGCAACUUUGUCUACUAUGUAAAGUCCAUCCUUCCGGAAAGUGUAGCACAACAACUGCUGUCAGAAAUCGGCUAUGUUGCCACCUCUGCUACUGAAUAUUCCCUGGUCAGAAAACUAAAUGAGGAAGAAGCAGAGAAGGCUGCCUUUGAAAUGUUCCUGGCGAGAAUCGAAUGCGAAGACCUUCUUGAAGUUGCAAGGGACAUGAAAGACCUGGCUGACAUCCUACAGAAGAGGGCUCAGAAACAUGGUCCCCCUUGUGUUGGCCUCGCUAAAAAGCAGGAACACUCACAAACGAAAGGGGAAGUGACCGUCGGAGAAAGCAACGAGACACCAAAUCCUGCAGUGGCCUACUUGAACCACAGCCAGAGUGCCUUCAAAGAGCAGGAGAAGAUGGAGCAUGGCGAAAGUUUUGGUCUCCGAUGCGCUCCAAGAGAGAUUCGACCAGUUGCCUCCGAACAGGCUCCUGAGAAGGACAGCAACCAGAACCAACCAGAGGAAACCUCGACACACUCCUGCAUCAGAAGCACUGACAGUGAGGACUUCCUAAUUACGUACAGUGACAUUGUCAUUGGACAACAGCCUCUCCACUUCUCUACCACUUCUUCUUCUUUGAGAGCAGCCAAUGAGGAGGCCUGGCUUACUGAAACAAGGCUGGGCCUACCAUCCUGUGGGGGAGAAACCCUCCCUCAUCUGCCUUCGGAUGAAAGUGGCCCUCAAGCCCUAGCCAUCCUCAACGAUCCUACUGGGGUAAGCAAGACUCCUUAUGACUACCAGACUCGGCAGACGAUGAACGAGUCUAAAAUCUGCGAUGCCAUGAAGCAUCUGAGCGUUCCUGGGUCAGGUACCAUCGACGGACCCAAAGAACUGAAAGGCAGCGUGGCGCAGCAGUCACCUAACUCCUCCAAUGACUCGGCCUCGAUAGGAGAGAAGCCGAAGGACAAGGAAUACCACCUAGAGAAGUUGGUGUACCCUGUGGAAGAAACAGCGCGGCCAGCAUCUACAAGGAGCCGCCAAGUCCCUGAAGAACAUUAUCACGAGAUGAAAUCGGCAAACCUCUCCUGUGGAGACCAUGACAAUGUGGACCUCUAUUCAUCAGAUCACUUCAGUCAUAUCGCCGGGUGCAGCUAUCCCACGCCGGGUCUGAGUUAUAGCGGGCAUCUAGACGUCCCCAUUUUAACCCGUCCUGUUCUGACCGAGGAUCAGUACAGUGGUGACAUUCCAGCAGGUAUUCGGCAUUGGCGAGAAAGAUGUCCCCACCAUUCCUCUUUGGCGGACUUCGACACUUGUGGGGCGCAUGUGAACGAGCCUAGCCUAGACGGUUAUGCUGUUAUUAACAAAGAUAAUUAAAAAGUAGGUCCCUAAGAGCUCUGGGACCAGCAAGUCAGGAUUUACUGAGUUGCAGCGAGAUUGGCCAUGUGGUCUCUAAGAGCACUGGGGUGUUUACGUGUGUCUCAUCAAGUGGUAAAAUCAGAGUAACAGAGUUGGAAUAGACCUUGGAGGUCUUCUAGUCCAACACCCUGCUUAAUCAGGAAACGGUAUAUUUCAAAUGGCCAUCCAAUCUCUUCUUUAAAACCUCCAGUGAUGGAGCACCCACAGCUUCUGAAGACAAACUGUUCCAUU